UCUCUGUCUCUCUCCCUAACGUGUAUAUGUGGUGGUUUCCAGCCGCGAGGAUGUUGGUGGCUGCUCUGCUCAUUCUGGUCACUAAUUUGGAGCAGGUGGGAGCUUUCAGUCUGACCGUCACUGAGAGUCACAUAGAAGCCACAGCCGGACAAUCUGUGUACUUCCUGGUAAUGCCCAGUGAACAGGGAAGUUUUACUAUAACAUGGACAGUCAACACCAGCUCCACAAUCGCAGCAGCACAGGGAACAACAGUGAAGUACUAUGGAGACUACCAGGGUCGGGCUGAGCUUUACCCCAACAAUGCCACUCUACGUCUGGACACAGUGACUCCGGCUGAUUCCGGUUCGUACUCAGUGACUGUGUUUGAAUUAAACCACGGAUCAGCCUCAGCAGCUUUACAACUGCGUGUUCACACCCUGGUGUCCAAUGUGAGCAUCAGCCUGAGUCCAGACAAGGAGAUAUUUAUCGAGAAUGAAGACACAGUGACACUGAGAUGUACAGCGAUGGGAUCGUUCCCCACCUAUUCCUGGGCACUGGAUGGAAACCCGUUACCUCUAACCCCACGUUACACACUGUCUGCAGAUAAUAGCACUCUGACAAUCAGCCCCGUACACAGGAGCGACAGUGGAGGGUUUAUUUGCACGGCCAGUUACCUGGUGGGCAGUGACAGCAGUAAACCAGUGAAGCUGGUGAUAACUUAUGGCCCUGAUCCACUCACCUUUAUUGUGAGUGGGCAGGUGAUAUGUGACAGUUUGGUCCCAGGACAGUACUGUGGGAAGGAGGGAGAUUUGAUGACCCUCAACUGUCAGACGAAAUGUUUCCCAGAGUGUAACUACAGGUGGACACAUAACACCACAGUCAUUGCCGGCAACACCUCACAGCUGCCUAUAGAGAGCCUCACGUUCAACAACAGCGGGGAUUACACUUGCAAUGUGAAGAAUGAUUACACCACGAUUAGCCGCACGGAGAAGGUUUCAAUCCUCGUGUACACUCUGCUGUCCAAUGUAAGCAUCAGCCUGAGUCCAGACAAGGAGAUAUUUAUCGAGAAUAAAGACACAACGACAUUGAGGUGUACAGCGAUGGGAUUGUUCCCCACCUAUUCCUGGGCACUGGAUGGACACCCGUUACCUGUAACCCCACGUUACACACUGUCUGCAGCUAAUAGCACUCUGACAAUCAGCCCCGUACACAGGAACGACAGUGGAGGGUUUAUCUGCGCGGCCAGUAACCCGGUGAACAGUGACAGCAGCAAACCAGUGAAGCUGGUGAUAACUUAUGGCCCUGAUCCACCCACAGUAUAUAUGAGUGGGCAAGUGAUAUGUGACAGUUUGGUCCCAGGACAGUACUGUGGGAAGGAGGGAGAUUUAGUGACGCUCAACUGUCAGACGAAAUGUUUCCCAGAGUGUAACUACAGGUGGACACAUAACACCACAGUCAUUGCCGGCAACACCUCACAGCUGCCUAUAGAGAGCCUCACGUUCAACAACAGCGGGGAUUACACUUGCAAUGUGAAGAAUGAUUACACCACGAUUAGCCACACGGAGAAGGUUUCAAUCCUCGUGUACAGGGCUCCCACACAGCAGAUCACAUGCGGAGCAGCAGAUAAAGGAACAGCAUUGGUGUUGAUGUGCUCCUGGGCUGGUGGGGUGCCAGACUCUGUCCUUCAGCUGAAGGUCGGACAGACGAUUGUCAAUGCGACAAACGAGGGGAAUGUCACCAUCACAAAGGAUCAGCUCAGCUCCCGAGAGAUCUUCACAUGUGUUGGACGCCAUGUUGUCUCUGACAGUCAAUGCUCUAUAGUUAUUGAUAAACCCCAGAGAGCGUCAGGGUCUGAGCCUCAGGUGGAAGUGGGGAAGGAGGCAGAUGUGACCUUAGACGUGUCACUGACAGACACAGUGCGGGUGUCAGACCCUGGCCUGCUGCCCGCACACUUUACAUGGUCGAAGGAAGACAACUCCAUCACUGGCUCUGACGGCAAGUUCAUCAUCACCUCAGGACUAACCUUCUCUAAACUGCUCAUCAGUAAAUUCCAGGCAACCGAUCAGGGCACAUAUCAAUGCCGUGUCACUAACGCAAUGGGAGAGAACUUCUUCCAAUUUGACGUGACUUUGAAAGGCGGAGUGAAUGUGGCCCUGAUAGUGGGGACAAUAGUGGGGGCUGUGGCUGUGGUGGUCAUUGCAACACUCGCUGUGGUGUACGUUUACAGGAAACGUAAGGAAGCCAAAACACAGCAAGAGACAGAGGGUGAACCAUACUACGAGACCAUUGAUGUCAGAGCUUCCUCUGCCAAUGUCUCCCAGAAGGAUUCAGGCCCUUACAUGGACCUUGGAAAGCACCAAAAAGAUAUUUAUCACAAUUUACGUCGUAAUGGCACCAGGAAGUAGAUAGCUGUGACAACGUAGAUCGAUUUCAAGAUCCUUUCAAUCAUCUACAAAUCUCUUCAGGCUCUGGC